AGAAGAAGGAUAUAUUAGGCCUAAGCUCUUCACCAUCUCACGUCCGUUGACCUCACCUUCGUCUCACCCCUGACUAAAGACAAGCUAUUCGCCCUUUUUGGUUUAUCAUCCUUUCGCCUCGUUUUCGAGCUUUCUCACAACAAGCAGAAAUGUCUUCCCGUCCCGUCUAUCUUUUCGUGUAUGGGCGAACGUCCAGAACCCGCGGUCAUUUUGCCAUCUUCGUUCCCAAUGCUUCGGAUGUGGGCAAGACACCUUCCAAAACCGAGACCUGCAAGGGGACUGUUAUCCACGUCGUCGGCAACCCUAUGGCUGGGUUCUUUCAUGAGUUCAAACGCAAUUACAACACAUACGCGUCGAAAUCGCUGGGAACGGUGGUUCUCCUGGGAUAUAUUCAGGAAUCGCUUCAUGUCGAUCCCAGCUCCAGCGCCUUCUCCACCGACGUCGUCGCCCUCGGGUCUCUCGACGCGGCGGCUCUCCAAGUGCCUGCACCUGGCCAGAGCGAUGUCAGAGCUCCUGUUGAUGGUGUAAGUGUUCCGUUUGUGUAACCAUUGACUUUUCUUUCAUAUGCAUUUAAGGGGCACUAUUAAGUAGUGCCCCUUGUAAGACGAGCCAACAGGUACCAUUCGUUCCGGCGUCGGUGUCAAUCGUUUCCUAGGUGACCAACAAACGCUGCCAGGAGUGGACCAUGGAGUAUAUCCAGUAUCUGGUCUCGCUGGGCUACUUGGACAGCAGCGCGAUUCAACUGGCUCAAGAUCAACGUGACCCUCCAUCUCACGGCGUCAUGCUUCGUCGUGAAUGACGGUAACACUGGCUGGAUUCCCUAGCUUGCUUUGCUUGCCAUGAGGAUGUGCCGCCUCCCGUUAAUGGCAGAUGAAUCGUGUUGAGGCUUCUGGCUGGCCUCCAGGCUGUACUGAUAUUUGAAGUCGCACUUGGAUAGGUACUUAGGUUGUCUUUUUG